AUGCAAGGUACUCGAGUUACACGAACACAGUACGGUUUCCGCACACUACAAGAGUCGUCAGCCAAGAUGUGCCUAAAAGUCACUGGAUAUCCCUUACCAGAAAUCACUUGGUACAAAGACGAUGUACAAUUACAUGAAGAUGAACGGCACACGUUCUAUGCAGAUGAAGACGGCUUCUUUGCCCUAACAAUCGAUCCAGUUCAGGUGGAAGACACAGGUCGAUACACAUGUAUGGCAACAAAUGAAUACGGUCAAGCGUCCACGUCGGCGUUCUUCCGAGUAUUAAAGGUCGAAAAAGAGGCUGCACCACCAAGAUUCAUAAACGCGUUAAAGGAUCGCGAAUGUAAAGAAGGUGAUGUCAUCAACUUUGAAUGCGAGGUCGAAGGUUGGCCGGAACCCGAACUCGUAUGGCUUGUUGAUGAUCAGCCUCUUCGACCAUCACACGAUUUCAAAAUCGAAGUACGAUGGCAUGAACGCGAAACUCGAGAUCAG